GGACAGACAGCCAGAUGGAGCCGGGUGGCUCAAACACCAGCUUCCACGCUUAAUUGCAGCAAACUAUUUAUCUCAGAGACAAAGUCAACUAAUUCACUAAGAGUUGACAGUGCAUUUCAUCUUUUGUUGCCAUAUACUCCUUUUCACGCAUUGUGGUUAAGUGCGACUCUUUGCUCUGCUAUGGAGGACCCGGACAUAAGGCAACAGAAGCUGGACAACCAGCGAGCUCUUUUGAUGAAAAAGCAGCAAAAGAAGAGAGCAGACGCUCAGAUGGUGGUGGCCAAUAGAGACGCUCGCCAAAAGAAUCGAAAACACAAGACGGUCAACUCAGAAGAGAUGCCUCUGUUGAUCUCUCAGUCCCUGAGCAGCACGUCUCUGAGUGAUCAAGUAGAACAUGCCCAUGACAACCCCCUGGACGAGAUCACACUGGGCGAGGGUGACGUGAAUGCGAGCUCAGAACCGGAUGAAAUACCUCCAGAGAAGCCUGUCACUCCCAAAACGAUGGACUUACAGGUUGACCAAGAGCCUGAGGUAAAUGGUAAAGAAGAGAACGUAGCCCCCGAGGAGGCAAAAAAGACCAAAAAGAAAGAUGUGAAAAAGGACAAAACCAAACGUGUGGAAGAGACAGAAGAGGAACUAGAAAAGGAGGAAGAAAAGGAGAAGAAAGAGAAAAAGGCAAAGAAAAAGGACAAAGUGAAGGAAUCUGUAGACACACAGAAAAAGAGCAAACAAGAACGUAAAAAGAAGCAUUUGCAGGAGGAUUCAACCCCUGAGACAAAACCAGAGGUGAAGGAUGAAACCCUAAAGAAUAAACGCAACGAGAGCGACAAAGACGAAGAAGAUCCUCGGGAGCCCGAGACUCCGUCACCCAUGAAGAAGAAAACUCUGGAUACAUCUAGGUGUCAAAUAAGUGAUGAGAGCAACGAUGAGGAAAUCCAAGAAGAAUCUGAGCAGAAGAAGGAGAACAAGUCAAAGAAAACAGAGAAAACUCCAUCCACUCUGGCAUCGUACAACUCCAACUGUAGGGAGACGUCCUCCUCAGGCAGUGAACAUAACGAAAGGGUGACUUCUCCGAUGUCCAUGGAGGACCUUGAGAAUUUUGCCGUCCGUCCCGCUCCAAGAGACGUGACCAUCCAGUGCAGGGUCACCAGGGACAGGAGAGGCAUGGAGAAGGGCAUCUACCCAACUUAUUACCUCCACAUGGAGAAAGAGGACGGCAAGAGGGUGUUUCUGAUGGCGGGCAGGAAACGAAAAAAGUGCAAAACGUCCAACUAUCUCAUCUCCAUUGACCCAACAAAUCUAACCAGAGAUACAAAUUGCUACAUCGGAAAACUAAGGUCCAAUGUUCUGGGAACAAAGUUUACGGUCUAUGAUGGAGGUGAAAACCCAGAGAAAAAACCUUUCAUUAAAGAGAGUGAGUCAGUGCGGCAAGAACUGGCAGCCAUAUGCUAUGAGACAAAUGUUCUGGGUUUCAAGGGUCCAAGGAAAAUGACAGUGAUCAUCCCUGGCAUGCUGGAGAACGAUGAAAGAGUGUCCAUUCGCCCCAAAAAUGAGCUUGAGACUCUACUGGUGCGCCAUUCGAAUGGAAAUACAGACAAACUGGUCACGUUGGUGAACAAAUCCCCAAGCUGGAAUGAGCAGACUCAGUCGUACGUGCUGAACUUCCACGGACGUGUAACGCAGGCCUCCGUGAAAAACUUCCAGAUCAUCCACCCAGACAAUGAGGACUAUAUUGUGAUGCAAUUUGGUCGUGUGGCAGAGGACGUUUUCUCCAUGGAUUAUAGUUUUCCUAUGUGUGCCCUUCAAGCCUUUGCCAUCACUCUCUCAUCCUUUGAUGGCAAACUGGCAUGUGAAUGACCACACCCAAAGUGCUUAACAAGACUACACAAAAAAAUGUUCUAGUUAAAACUGAAGCUACACCCAUUAUUUAACGCGGGACUAUGCUUGAUUAUAUUUCACCCUCAAUCACACAACUUGAACCAUACCACAAAUGUGACAGAAGAGUUGUUUUAUAGGUCCUGUGGUUGUCUUUUUGUGUUUUUUAUUUCUAUUUAAAUUGAAAUACAAGACACUAUUACAUAGCUUUCCUUUCAUAUUUUCAAAAUGUGUAUGUGAUUUGUGUAAUUAAACUAUUAUGCUACUUAAUAAGAAAUCUGAAAUAUUAAAAGAAGAGAUUGAGUAUUAAGAUUUACCUUUUUUUUAAAGCAGUAAUAUAACACAGAUUUGUUUGCCUUAAUGUCUGACUGUUUAAUUUUAUAAUAUAGUCCGUGAUCUUUACUUGUGCACCUGUUUUUUUUUUUUCCUCAGGCAGAGAAGGUCUUCUUAAAAAUCAUCCUUGACACAUGCAAUCCCUCAGGAUGUGGCACGUUUCGUCUUUUAUUGUUUUCAGGGACAGGCGCAAAAUGUCAUCUUCAAUAUUUCAGUUUUAGUCCAAAUAAUUUGGAUCUUCACUGCACAAAAGCACAGUUCAUGAAUCUCUAGGUGGCGGCCAAAACCUUCUGUAUAAAAUCAAGCUAAAUUUAGACUUCAUAUAACUGCUAAGACUUGAUGUUCAGAGUUGCUCUCCAUUCAAAUCUGCCUGAUUUUGAGCUAUUUAGCUAAGAAUAAGGCAUUGACAUUUGUACCCUGACAAAUGUACAAACUCACUAAGCUAGUAACUAAAAUAUUGGAAAUAAAAUAAAACAAUGAAGAAAGUAAUUAACUACUAAAAGAAAAAAACUGUAAAAAAUACUACAAUACAAAUACAGCCAAUAAAAUAUUGCAGUAAUAUAACAGUCUGGUAUGAAUAUGUAUGCUUCACUUUGUAUUAUUUUGGUGAGGGCAAAAUAACUCUAAAUUAAUUAAGAUU